AUGGCGACUGUUUUUGGUAUACAGAAAAGAAAAGACCGAAUGCAGCGUGACUUCACGGUGCUGGUUGAAGACCUGCAGCGCUGUUCGGUCCAGAGCUGCGAGGACGCCGGGCGACGCUUCUGCUUCCGGGUGGUCACGCCCACAAGUUUAAUCCGUCUAAAUCAGCAGGAAUCAGACGGGUACGAGAAUGAUUCAGAAUCAGAUUCCUCAAGCAAGCAGACAGACUCACAGGGACCACGAGUGUCUUCUGAAGCUCCAGGUGGGAUCAGUUCUGGAGAAGUCAUCUGCGAUGCUCCCGAGAACAAGGAUGCUGAAGGAGAAACCACCAACGGAGAAGGUCAAGAGGAAAAGACGACCGACACGAACCCGGACAGCCAAUACACCCUUGGAGAGCUGCUGGGAAAGGAAGACUGUGGUUCAGUCUAUGAAGGAGACCAUAAGGCAGAUCAGCAGGUUGAGGUGCCAUGCACUGUACCCGAGACGGACGACAUCUCAGAGGGAACGUCACGUGUGGUUGAGGACGUCUCCGAGCUGCACAAGUGCUAUGAGGUUCACGAAACCAUUGGAUCAGGUGGUUAUGCGACGGUCAAGCUCGGCAGGCACAUUCAGACUCAAGAGCCAGUGGCCAUCAAGAUCCUGGAGAAGAAAGAGCUCGGGGAUGAGUUGUCCGAUUUGAGGAUCGAGAUUGAAGCCCUGAAGAGCCUCAAUCAUCAGCACGUGUGCCGCUUGUACCAAGUCAUGGAGACUGCUGACCAGAUCUACAUGGUGCUUGAGUUUUGUCCGGGUGGAGAUCUGUUUGACCACAUCGAUAAUAACGACAGGUUGUCGGAGGAGGAGACGCGCAGGAUCUUCCAUCAGAUCGUCUCGGCGCUGGCCUACGUCCACAGCCAGGGAUACGCCCACCGUGACCUUAAGCCAGAAAACAUCAUGCUGGAUGAGAAGAACAACAUCAAGCUCAUCGACUUUGGUCUCUGUGCCAAACCAGAGGGUGGAUUGGGUACUGCUCUGAUUGAGGGCUGUGGAACCCCUCCCUACUUGGCACCAGAAAUCAUUGAUGCGCAACCCUAUCAUGGUGCAGAGGCAGAUGUUUGGAGCUUGGGUGUUGUCCUAUAUGUGAUGCUGUGUGGCUACCUCCCGUUCGAUGGUGACAACUUUGUGGAGCUCCAUGAACAAAUCACUAAAGGACAUUUUGACACUCCUGACUGGCUGUCUCCUGGUUCUGUACUGCUGCUUAAAGAAAUGCUGCAGGUGGUUCCAGAGCGGCGUAUAAAGGUGGAGCAUCUGCUGGAUCACGAGUGGGUAAUGAAGGGGUACAGCAGCCCUGUGGAAUGGCACAGCACAUGCCCGGUACAACAUCCACCCUAGACGUAGUACAGUGACAUGAUGGACAUGAUGGAGCAGCUGGAGUCUGAGUGGAAGUAUGAUCAGACCACACGUAUCUUUUGCUCUUGAGAAGGAAGCAGCGCAGUAGUCCAGUGUGUAGCUGAGCGGACGUGUAAGAAAUCCAGCAGGAGACGUUGUCGGCCCAUCAAGGAGGGACGAUGGUGGAGCCGUCCAAUCAGGACACGUUACAUCUCAAUUUCACAUUUCAGUGAUUGUUGCAGAUGUUUCUCUCUAACCCAUCCUCUCUCUCUCUUCUUUUACCAGAACGAUGCAUUUUGGGUAUCUGUGACUGGUUAGAGGAACUCCACUGAGGUGCCGCCCUUGUUGAUCCACACAGCUGUAUGAGAAGUGUAUAGCAUGAAUGACCAGGAUCAACAAGCAUCAACAUCUUAUAACAUUAAAUAAUAAAUAAAUAA